GGCGCCCAGGCGGCGCGCUGACGUCCGACGCUCCAGGUACUUUCCCCAAGGCCGGCUUGGCUCAACGUUGGGGGGCGGGGCGGGGCGCGGAGCGCGCAUGCGCCACAGUGCCAGCGCUCUCCCCGGAUAGAGCGGGGCCCGAGCCCGUCCGCUGUGGUGGUUCCGCUCGCGCUGCCCCGCCGCCAUGUCGGCAACCAUCGAGCGGGAGUUCGAGGAACUGGAUGCUCAGUGUCGCUGGCAGCCGUUAUACUUGGAAAUUCGAAAUGAAUCUCAUGACUAUCCUCAUAGAGUGGCCAAGUUUCCAGAAAACAGAAACCGAAACAGAUACAGAGAUGUAAGCCCAUAUGAUCACAGUCGUGUUAAACUGCAAAGUACUGAAAAUGAUUAUAUUAAUGCCAGCUUAGUUGACAUAGAAGAGGCACAAAGAAGUUACAUCUUAACACAGGGCCCCCUUCCUAACACAUGCUGCCAUUUCUGGCUCAUGGUGUGGCAGCAAAAGACCAAAGCAGUUGUCAUGCUAAACCGAACUGUAGAAAAAGAAUCGGUUAAAUGUGCACAGUACUGGCCAACGGAUGACAGAGAAAUGGUGUUUAAGGAGACGGGAUUCAGUGUGAAGCUCUUAUCUGAAGAUGUAAAAUCAUAUUAUACAGUACAUCUACUACAGUUAGAAAACAUCAAUAGUGGUGAAACCAGAACCAUAUCUCACUUCCAUUAUACCACCUGGCCAGAUUUUGGAGUUCCAGAGUCACCGGCUUCAUUCCUAAACUUCUUGUUUAAAGUUAGAGAAUCUGGUUCCUUGACCCCUGACCAUGGACCUGCAGUGAUCCAUUGCAGUGCGGGCAUUGGGCGCUCUGGCACCUUCUCUCUUGUAGAUACCUGUCUCGUUCUGAUGGAAAAAGGAGAGGAUGUUAAUGUGAAACAACUAUUACUGAAUAUGAGAAAGUAUCGAAUGGGACUUAUUCAGACACCAGACCAGCUCAGAUUCUCCUACAUGGCCAUAAUAGAAGGAGCAAAGUACACAAAAGGAGAUUCAAAUAUACAGAAACGGUGGAAAGAACUUUCUAAAGAAGAUUUAUCUCCUAUUUGUGAUCAUUCACAAAACAGAAUGAUGGUUGAGAAGUACAAUGGGAAGAGAAUAGGUUCAGAAGAUGAAAAGUUAACAGGGCUUCCUUCUAAGGUGCAGGAUACUGUGGAGGAGAGCAGUGAGAGCAUUCUACGGAAACGUAUUCGAGAGGAUAGAAAGGCUACGACGGCUCAGAAGGUGCAGCAGAUGAAACAGAGGCUAAAUGAAACUGAACGAAAAAGAAAAAGGUGGUUAUAUUGGCAACCUAUUCUCACUAAGAUGGGGUUUGUGUCAGUCAUUUUGGUUGGCGCUUUGGUUGGCUGGACAUUGCUUUUUCAGUAAAAUGUAUAAAUUAACAGUUUUUCCCAGCACCUUUCUGCACUAGUAGCUGACAGUGGUGCAUUAAUCUCAAGGGUUUGUUAGCAAUGCCUCAUACCCAGAAACACUGCGCUAGAGUAGACAUCAGCCAGACAAGGGUUAUUACAGUCACAAGCCCAGCAUCUCAGGACUCUUCACUGCAGGCUCCUCUGAAACCCAGACUGUCAAUGGCUCACAAUAAAGACAAGCAUGCUUGUUGGAAACUGUUACUUCUUACAGCUGCGUUCACACCAGUAUAUUGAGAAAUCCUUUAUCACAAGGAUUGGCUUUUGGAGGCCUUCUGGAUUUUAACCUGCACUUGAUAUAAGCAAUAAACAUUGUGGCAUUUUUCUACAUUAUUAAUGGAAAGAAAAUAUCCUUUAAACAAUGUAUGUAAUGAGUAAUGUACUGUUGAAAUGGGCAUUACAACUUUAUAUAACCAUUUUAGGGUAAAUAUAUUUUAUAAGUACCUAUUUAAUCUUACUUUUGUAGUUAAAUGUACUUUUUAAAGGUUCAAUUUGAAAGUCUGUUAUCAUAGAAAAAUAAAUUGUAUGUUGACUCAGUUGUA